ACGGCGGCGGGAGAAGAUGGCCAUGCAGACGGAGUGGCUGGUGCCUCUGGCUCAGCCCCGGCAGAAGAAGCGGCGCUGUGAGCUCUGCCUCGGUCCCGCCACCGUCCGCUGCGCCGCCUGCUUGGUCACCUACUACUGCGACGUGGACCACCAGAACGCCGACUGGGUCAGCGUCCACACCAAGAUCUGCCAGCUGCUCAUCCCGCUGCGGGCGGCUCCCCCCUUCUACACCUCGGAGAAGGAGCGGAAACUCGGGGAGGAGCAGAGGCGGAACCGAGAGAUAUUCCUGGCUGAAGUGACUUACGAGACGGCCCAGAAUUUUCUCAUCAAGGGCCACUAUGAAGAUGCCAUCCCAGCCGCCCUGCACUCCCUGAAAUUCAGCAUCAGCAUCUAUGGCCCCAGUGCGGUGGAGCUGGUUCCCGCCUACAUCCUCUUAGCCGAGACCAGCUUGGGCCUGGGUCACUUGUCGCAAGGUGAAGAGUACCUCUCCCAGGGCCAGUGGAUCGUCCUCAAGAACACCCACUGCAGCUAUGCCAUUCAGUCCAAGCUGUAUCGCAACCUCGGGCUCCUGCACGCCGCCAAAGGGAACUUCGAUGAGUCUUUGUACCACCUGGCCAAUGAUGUAUAUUUUGCGUGUUGUGCUUUUGGGACAACGAGCAACGUGGCCGUCUCCGGAGGCUACUUCCACAUGGCCAACGUGUUCUCCCACCAGAAUAAGAUGGACGUUGUGGAUUCCUUGUAUUGUGAGGUGGUUGAUCUCUGGUACGAUCACUUCAGCCACUUCGUUGAAAUCCAGUACCAAAAACUGAUCACUCCCGCAGAGGUGGACCUUCUGUCUGUAGAAGACGGGGUAGAAGAGGACGUACUGGACGAGAAGCAGCAGGCCGAAGCGAUGCAGAUGCUCAACUCCAUCUUGCACUUCCGAGAAGCGUCUCUCAGGCCGCAGCCGGAGAAGGAGGCCAAACUGCUGCACGCCUUGGCCAUGUUUCAUUUCUUGGUCCACAAUCUGGCAAAGGCGGACGAAUUUGUGAUGAGAUUUCUACAAACCACACAGUCCCUGCCCAAAUGCGACCCGAACGAAUCGCUCUACCACCUGGUCAAACUGAUCAAGUCCAAGGAAGAGCAGGCCAAGUAGCUCUUUCCAACUCCCUCAAGGUAAGCAGCCACCAGCCGCCGCUCAUCUCGGGCCUCCUUUUGCCAG